AUGGCUGCAGCUCCCAGGGACGUCCCGGCUUGGACAUGGCGGGAUAUUCUUCCCCAAUCUCUAGCUGGAAUCUCUCCUGAGGAUCCUCAGACGCACACGGAAGCUGCUGAUGCUACUGAAACCACACCAAACAGACAUGCACAUGGCUACCCCCCGCGAACAUGCCGUAUCUGCUUAGACACCGUCUACCCAACCACCGAACCGCCAUCAGAAUACUUACCAGGCUUUCUUCAGUCAAGACCACGUGUCUUCUAUGUAUCUCCAGACCCAGAAUUCGGCCGGCUCCUACGACCGUGCAAAUGCAAAGGGUCUUCUCGCUACGUCCACGAGGGCUGCCUGCAGUCAUGGCGGCAUGCAGACCCCAGCUAUGGAUCACGGAACUACUAUCAGUGUCCGACCUGCGGCUUCAAGUAUCGGUUUCAAAGGGUAGUAUGGUCUCGGUGGAUUGCUAGUACAAUGGCACAGGUCGUGCUCACGUCAUCAAUUCUGUUAUUUACCAUCUUUUUGCUCGGUUUUGUUGCUGACCCUAUUAUUAACCUCUACCUCGAUCCUUUGGAUACCAUCAUUGACUCUGACUACUGGGAUCCGACAUAUGUUGCCGACAUACCAGAUCUCUAUGGGAGGGCUACUUGGGCGGACCACUUCCUCAAAGGCCUUGCUUCUUUAGGAGUUUUGUCAUUUGUAAAAGCUAUUCUUGCUGUAUCUCCCUUCCAAUGGUGGCGUCUACGCGGCACUGGCCUGGGCAGUAGCGGUGGUCGAAGAACCGGCCGAGACCGAAUUGCCUCCAUCGGCUGGCUUGUCAUCCUCAUUGGAGUGGGCACAUUCUUAUUAGCUGUAUACAAAGGCGUUCGCCACUGGGCUCGCAAUACAUUAGAGAAGGCCAGUGAACGUGUUCUGGAUGUCCAAGGAGAAGAGGAUGACGAAGGUGAAGAAGUCGAGCCUCCACCCGAAGCCUCCGAUCACGAUAAGAAAGAUGAAUGA